UUUACCGCUGCUCAAGGGACGAUGCAUGGGAGGAUGAUGCAUUUAGGCCUAGUUUUUCCCCUGCACAAAACAACACUGACCUCUUUCUUAUCUAUAAUACCCGGUCACUGGCCACUUUCAGUUUGUGCUUUAUCAAACACAGCAGGCACAAACAUGUUCUCAUACCUGCGCAUACUUCACAAUUGCUCCAGUUACUUGUAAAGCCCUACAGCACACUGAAACCUUUGAUUUCCGACCCACAUGGCCAGCCUCAGCCAGCAGUACAUAUCCCUAAACUCUCCAGAGGAGAAUGACGAAACUAGGAGUGAAGAAUUUGAGUCAGGACUUCUGCCAGAACUCCACAACAACAAGAACCAUCCCACAACCUUUUCAAGAACAUCAGAAGAAUGUCACAUGAUCCACCAACAUGACGCAGUCAGCCACAAUCCUUUACCACACCAUCUGUUUGCAAAACACGCCCAUCAGACACCCUACCCCAGCUGGGAGGAAUCCAAAAAAGCCAACCCUGACAUCUGGCAGCACUCGAGUUACAGUUUAGUGCACAGAUCUGGAUCUCCUCACAGUCUACCCUCUUGCAUCUACCAGACACUCUCAGAUGGUGGUUCUUUCUAUCCCAGCAGACCUCACUCGCUUCCAGGCAGUUGUAGUCCGAGUCUCACUAGUCUAGAACAACCUAGAUCUCUUCAUUCAAUUCCUCCAUCAGCACAUUUACACCCUCACCUCUCGCCUUCUUACCCCGGUCCAUACCACCAUCCACCGUGCAGCAGUCAGUAUGGUCCACCUCAGCAUCACGCGGCUCCUGUCCAUCACUGCAGCUCCAGGCCUGGACAUCACCUGCCGUACAGACACUCAGGCCCGGCACACUACAGACAAGUGGAUACAGGCUUUUCUGAAGACAGUUAUGCAUCUCCAAAACCCAAACAGGCCAGUCCUGGCAUCACCUACCUUUCUCAAGAGCAGAGGAAAGUUUUUGUCACAUAUGAGGCCGACAAUGAAGCGCAUUUGAAGGAGGUCAUCAAGUUUGUAGCUUUGCUCAGAAACAACGGCUUUGACACUCACAUCGAUGUUUUUGAGCAACAAUUGAACAGCAUCAGUAAAAUCGACUGCAUGGAGAGAUACCUCAAUGAGAAAGACUACCUAAUUAUCAUCAUCAUUAGCUUGAGGUAUUACGAGACCAUAACAGGCAUUAAGAUGAAUAUGGACAAUGACGAGCGGACAACAGACACAGUCUACAUUCACAAACAGCUACAAAGUGAGUUCAUUCAGAACGGCUGCAGGAACUACAGGUUCAUUCCCAUUCUCUUUCCAGGGGCCAAGAAGAGUUAUGUUCCCACUUGGUUGCAGAAUACUCAUAUCUACAGCUGGCCCAGAGAUCGAGACGAUAUUCUGCGCAGGUUAAUGCGCGUGGAGAAAUAUAAUCCGCCUCCGGUCGGCCCUUUGCCCACGAUAGUUUCAAUUCCCUUGUAGCAUCAAUAG